GCCAGCCUGCCUACAUAGCUCAAAGAGUUUAUUUUAGAAGGCCAUGAUGUCAAACGAGGAGGAGAACUGGGGUUGGAUGACCCCCAAGAGGUUGCUCGUGAUUUUCUGCGUCAUCAACCUGAUUAAUUACGUGGACAGGGGGGUCAUUGCCAGCAAUGGUGUGAACGGCGUGCGUGGCAAUUGCACGCAGGAUUCGCAUAUCAUUUGUCAAGCUCCCUUAGGUAUUCAAGGCGAUUUCGAUCUAUCCGAUGCACAGGAUGGGUUGCUGCCAUCAGCCUUUAUGGUUGGCCUUCUGGUAGCCUCCCCUCUAUUCGCAGAGCUCUCGAAGACUUGGAACCCGUUCCGAUUGAUAGGCAUAGGGCUUGGGGUAUGGACACUAGCAGUGCUUGGAUGUGGGGUAGCCCCAGGGUUUUACUUCCUGGCAGUGUGUAGGAUGUUUGUCGGUGUGGGAGAGGCAUCCUUUGUGAGUUUGGCGGCGCCGUUCAUCGACAAUUAUGCUCCUCCACACAAGAAGUCUAUGUGGUUGUCGAUGUUUUACAUGUGCAUCCCUGCCGGCGUCGCAUUGGGCUAUGUCUAUGGAGGCCUGAUAACGCAAGUCUUCUCAUGGAGGAUGGCAUUCGUCAUAGAAGCCCUCUUCAUGUUGCCGGCUGUGGUUUUCGGUUUCCUUGCAAAGCCCCUUCAGUUCAAGAGUGGGAUGGGAGGGCAAAAGCCAGUGGAUCCCUCUACGAUCUAUUCGGAUGCUCUCGAUUCAAGUGAGCAGGCGAUGGGUGACAGCGAGGAGGGGGAGGCAGGAGCGCAGAUGUCUGUACGACACCCGAUGCUUAGGAGGUAUUCGACGAAAAAGCCGUUUUUGGCCACCCUCCUGCAAGGUGUGAAGCGUUGUGGGAAGAGCGUCGGCGCGUUUCUCGUAGACCUUAAAGAGCUGCUUACGAACGGAGUCUACGUGAUAAACGCUGUCGGCUACACCUUCUACACUGCCGUCAUCGGUGCGUACGCCUUCUGGGGUCCACGAGCUGCGAAGAUCGUGUUCAACAUGGCUAGCGCUGAUGAGGUCUUCGGCGCCGACACCGUGCUCACGGGCAUUUUUGGGACUUUCUGUGGGGGUGUACUUCUGGACAGGAUUGGCAACACGAUAUCGAAGGCCUUUGGUCUCUGUGCGAUUUCCGUCUUCUUUGGAGGUAUCUUAUGCAUCAUCUCCUUCUUGAUGAAGUCUCAACUUGCAUUCAUAGUUUUUAUUGCGUUAGGCGAGUUUCUUCUCUUCGCAAUCCAGGGGCCAGUCAACAUCAUAAGUUUGGGUUGUGUUCCACCUAGAGAACAAGCAUUGUCGAUCGCCAUGGGGACUGUCGCCAUCCACAUCUUCGGUGAUGUUCCCUCACCACCCGUUGUGGGGUACAUUCAGGACCAAGUGCACGAUUGGCGGAUAUCCAUGGUUCUGCUGUCUUGCUUACUGUUUGUGGCUUCCAUGGCUUGGGCAGCUGGUUCGAUGAUGCCCAACAACACGUCUAGCACUCCGUCUUCUUCUGGACAUCACACCGACGAAGAGAUAAAUGCACUCUUAUCUGACACAGGGCGGGCAGCAGGUGUGAAGACUAUGCCACAACCACAGUCAUGAUGACCAUUUUGUUUUCUUUAUUGUUAUUUUUAAGGCGACCGCUUUGAGAUGUUAUCGGCGAACUCAUCGCCCCCAGGUAUCAGAAUU